CAGCAAACCUCUCGGGCUCCUUGGAGGCUUGAACAAACAGAAGCACUCUCACCACUUUACAGUUUCCAUGUCAUCCAGAGAGGGCAAACCACCCUGCUCCAUUUUUCUUUUUUUUUAAAUUGAGGUGUGUCCUGGUUUAACCAUUAACCUCAGACUUAAUCCAAUGAAGUUUCUCCGCUGACCUCCUCAAAUCACUGAUCUCUGGGAUUCUCACUUGAGCCUUUGCAACAUUUUAUUUCAUUUUGCGUCUUGUUCUUUGGGGGAAAUGUUGGAAAAGAUCUUCGUCCUGCUCUGUUUGUCAUCUGCAUUGGCGAAAGAGCUGUGCAAACCAGAUAAAAUAAUUGCCAACCAAGUGCGACUCAGCAUCAAAACCGCUCUGGGAGAUGAAGCCUACGACUGGAACAACAGCGAAAUGUACUUUUUCCGAGCAACUCUGGCUUUUGCCAUGAGUAACUACUUCAACGGCCAGCAAUUUGAGGUGUCGAACAUCCUUGUAUGCAAUGAGACCGUCAGGGUGUCCUUUUGGUUCGUGGUGACGUCACUGCAGGACCCCACGAGCCUUAUUCCUAAAGGAGAAGUGGAUGAGGCCGUGAGAAAAUCCAGAAACCGCAUUAACAGUGCGUUUCUUCUGACUGAUAAAACUCUGGAGUUCAUCAGCAUCCCUCCAACCCUGGCAGCACCAGUCAGCCCCGCCACCCCUCCGUGGCUCAUCGCAUUCGGGGUGGUCAUGGGCGCCGUGGGGGCUGGCAUCAUCUUCCUGCUUGUGUCGUCUCUGGUCCAAAAGAAACGCAAAAAGAACAAAGAAAGUGGUGAUGAUGAUGAGGAGGAGGACGGUGAAGAAGACACACGGGUGAAAACGGCGGAAAACAGCGCUGCAAAUGAGGGUGUUUACAACAUGUCAUUCUCAGAUGACGAGCGAUUCACACAGAUGUAAAAUUAAAAAAAAAAAAAAAAAACUCUUCCAUAUCUGCAAAAAAGUUAUUAAGCUGCUCCGGUGGGGUUUAUGUUGCACUGCAAUAUUCAAUCUGCAAAAUUAUUUUAAAGCUGUAAUCCAUCUUUUAAAUGAUUUAAUACAUUUUAAAGUUUUUUUUCCUUUGAGAAGUUAUUUUCUAAACAUUUUUAGAGUCUCAUUACCUGCUGCCUUAAAAAGAAACAAGCAUUUCCAUCUUCUGUGUUGAGGGCUGAUAAACUGAAGAUCCCACAUACAUGUGGAUGUUCUGCAAAGCUUACAUCUGUUUUCUGCUCUUAGAAAAAAAAUCUGGUAACUAUACUAACAGUUGAAUCUACUGCAUAUAUUUCUUUUUAAUUUUUCCAAAUUUGAAUUUAGCAAACAGAAAGAGAUGGAAACCAGGAAGAAAACUGGUCCUACUUAGACAAGGGCUCAUUUCCAGCACACUAUGGGUGCAUGUAGAACUAGAAUUUAUGUCAAAUUCUGCUUUUGUAAGCCUUACCAUGAUACAGAAUAUACAUAUAUCUAGAUGUAUAUAUACAAGGGUGUUAGUUAUGUUUUAACAUUGGGGGAACACACGAAAAAACAUGAAAUAAAACUGCUUUGUCAGUUGACAUCGACGCACAGAUAUGUACAUGCACAUGUGAUAUGCACUGGACCGCAGCAGUUUUUGACGCAACAGGCAACAACCCAACUCAUCACAUAUCGUGUCUUUGUCAGUGGACGUUGGCGUCAGAUCCAGACGCACAGGGGCAGUUUUGGCAGUGCGCCGAAGCAAAUUGGCUUAAUUCCUUUGAAAAAAUAAAACGGAAGAAGACAAUGAGCAAUGAAAGAUUAAA